AUGCGCAUAUAUUUGCAGGUUCUAAUCUUGUCUGUGAUUGCCGGUGUCAUCUCCAAGCCUCAGGGUUAUAAUUUGACUCCGCCUUCCGGUCCAUCUUUACUCACACGAAGAUGCAGCAACGGACAGGUGUUACAUGUGGACGGUAGAUGCGUUACUCCAAGAGUGAACCGUCGUGUGUUUUUGUAUGAUGUGCCAAGAACUCCCACGCCAGUGGGUCCUCCCCCUUUCAUCCCUGCACCAACCGUGGAGACUAAUCUCUUAUUCAUCCGAACUCCCGAAGGAGGACAAGGGCCAGAUCCCAUCGUUGUACCACCUCCGCAACAGGAGCAUGUAUUGUACAUCCUAAAUAAGCAAUCUGAAGAAGGCCAAAAGGUGAUCGAAGUUCCAGCACCACCACCUUCCGAUCCUGAAGUGUACUUCGUUAACUACGCUGAAGGAGAGAAUCCAACUCUUCCAAGUGGAGUGGAUUUGCAGACUGCCUUGGAUGCUGCUUCGGCUGGCAAUGGUCAGGUAGUUGGGAGUUCUGAAGGCUUCGGAAUCGGUGCGGCUGGGAUAAGUGGUGGUUUCGGUAGUAGCAAUGGUUUCGGACUUAGCAACGGUUUGGGAAGCAGCAAUGGUUUGGGAAGUAUCAGUGGUUUCGGAAACAGCAAUGGUUUUGGAAGCAGCAAUGGUUUUGGAAGUAACAAUGGUUUGGGAAGCAGCAGUAGUUUUGGAAUCAGUGGUGGUCUUGGAAGCAGCAAUGGUUUCGGAAUCAACGGUGGUUUCGGAACCAACAACGGUUUCGGAAGUGGCAAUAGUUUUGCAAGCAGUAGUGGUCUCGGAGGCAGUAAUGGUUUGGGAAGUAUUACUGAUUUUUCAUCAAGCAGUGUAGAAGGAAAUAAUGGCGGAUUCAGCAGUCUUUCAGGGAUUGGCCACGCAUCAUCGCUCCCCAGUCUGUACACAACACCUUAACAAGGUCAUUCAUACAGAAAUGCCAGUGAUGUUAAACCAUGGAUAUAUAUUUUUG